UCACGUUUAACGCGAGUGACGCGUUUUUGCCAAGGGUUGCCUCACUGGUAAUUUAGCUCCAGAUUUUCACAAGGGACUUCUAACAUAAUUCUCAUAUCACUCGUGGGACGGCUGCUUUCAAGUAUACAAGAAAUCUCCGGACGACAACGCUCGGAAGUGGUAUUUUGCAAUUCUUGUGAGUGUUAGCGCAGCAGGCAUCGAUUCACCAAGAUGAGCGACGACCGUCGUCCAAUGAUGAUAACAGGAAUCCUCCAUAUUGUUGUCGGGAUCGUCCAGCCAGUUUUAUGGGGAAUCAGUUGGGCCUUUACUGGUUAUUACAGUACAGUGGUAUCUGAGGUCUGGGGUAGUGUUGCUUUCUUUAUUCCGACGGGGGUUCUCGCGAUUCUCGUAGCCAAAGGCAAUAACCGAGGAUUGGCCAUUGCAUCUUUGAUAAUGAGCAUCCUAUCAGCCAUUGUGGCAUUGGUGAUCUUCAUCACAAAUUGUAUCACUGCCGGAUUAAAUUUUUCAAACUACUUUGCCGCUCAUGGGGCAUUCAGUAUCCUUGCUCUCUUACUUGGCAUCUUCGAGAUCGCCGUUUCCAUCGUGACUUCUAUCUACUCGAGCAAGAUCUAUCGAAAUGCUGCCAUCCCAACCCAAGCUAUGACUGUGCAAGCCACUACGGCCUAUCCGAGUGCUUACCCGGCCGUGCAGCAGUACCCUGGCCCACAGGCCCAAGCACAGUACCCUGGCCCACAGGCCGAAGCACAGCAGUACCCACCGCAAGAGCAGAAAUACUAGCAACGUGACACGAGGGCCUAAUCCACAGCGCUCGGUAACCUUGUUAUGCGGGCAAAUAUUCAUCGACAAACCUUGAACCUACAUAAACUUCAGAUAGGCUGGCUGCACGCGUCCAAAUCAUGCCUUGUUUUAUUUGAAUAUGUAUCAAAAUGGAAUAAAUUACGAUUAGUUUUAAAGACAAGUAUAGAUGGCUAAAACCUAAAUGGUUGCCAGGAUACUGUGGACUUUCCUCCUGCUGUACAUUGCCGGACCUAUCAGUGUAUUACAGUAAUUGUGAAUGUACCAAAUUUCGCAUUCUUUGCAUUAAUUGUUUCAACCCCGGCUGACCAAUUCUAUUUUCGCAAAGAACUCCCUUUCUCUCUCUUUUUUUUGGGGGGGUGGUUCAGUUAAAAGUUCUAGAUAAAGAAAAAAAUAAACAGGAAAGAAGUUGAACUUGUAUCAAAACUUGUAUCAAAUGUGUUCUCAAUAUAAGUUGAACUAUUAAUUAUGUAUAAAAAAGUGUGAGUAGUGAGAAAGAAACGUACACAUGAAUAAUCUUCGUUUAGAAAAUCGUACUUUAAAAACUGUUGGCCCAACUCAUUGCUUCCUCUAAUCUGAAACUGUGUUAAAGUAUCUAGCAAUUGAACUUGAUCUUGUACAGGCUUUAAUAUGUUGAUUUUUGAGCCUUUUGUGCUUUGUUGUGGGUCUGCAUAUUGGCUUUUGUAGAAAAAGUGUUUUAACUUGUAACAUUAUUGAUUCAAGGCUUUUUUCUGUAUAAAUCCAAUGAAAUUGAAUUUAAAUGUAAUGUUUAAAGACAGUGGAAGUUACAAAUAUCAAUAAUAAUUAAUUUACAUUUUAAAAAGCUCAAAAUUUAAAACUUGGAGCUAAAAAUUAAAAUUUCGCACGAUGGUUUCAUAUUACCCUUUUGGGGGCUGGGCGGAAUAUAUCCCAACCCUGUUCAUAAUUACCAUAUUUUAUCGACUCACUCCAAACAUUUAUUGGGUGUUUGUUUUCAUCGGGCGGUCAUUUAAUUUUUCUUUUUCAAAAUCAGACGUGCGUUUCUAAGGUAAGGUAGCAUUAGAAUGUGUCAGCAACGAAUUUUUAACAGACCCAAUUUUUGUACUGCAACAUUAUACUCUUCUUCAACGCAUUGUGACCAUGACGACGCUUGACCUUUGUUUGUUGAUCAAGUCUCCGCGUUGUUCAUGGACUCUGAAACUGUCAUUAAAGUGUUACACGCCUCAGCAUCCUUUUUUUUUUCACGGUAAUGACUGGAAUCAAGUGAUGAAGUUAGAGAAUUUUGUAAAAGGGAAGUGAACAGAAAUUAACUUUGUCCAGUUUUUUUUCAAAUCAAACUGGGAAUUUCCUUUUGCUUGAUUUCAUGGCAUUUUACGCCAUUUUUCCUGGACGAAAAAAUUGCGUAAAAGCAAAUUAGAUCCAACGUAUGAAUCUUCUCUCGAAGAAAAGGUGUUCUUGUCUUUUAAAGGGUUGAAGUUAUGUAGCAACUCCAAUACAUUUUCAAGCACGGACAUGUUAUGACGUUAUUGCGACCACAUUUUGAAUCCUGAAAGACCAAUUUUGUUUUAAUAAUCUACGACUUAAAAUACUUUACGAGUCGAAAUUUGUAUACUCUAUUCUAAUAAAUCAAAUCUUGGAUAGUGCGUGACGAAAUUA